UUUUUCAAAUCUACACAUGUUGACAUGUUUACAGCCCUUGGGCGAUAAGGUAUUUUACUUUGAAGUCCGCACGGAAGUAACGCCGUUUUCGACAAACACUUUUAUUUUCAAAGCUGAAACCGGAAGUCGUUUAACUUUUCUGUGCGUGUAACUUGACGCUGGAGCCUGACAGCUGCCACACCGGACUCGGACUGAGCCGAUCUGUUGUUCCUGUGAUGCCCCAGGGCGGGCUGAGCUGGUCGGGGUUGCGAUGCCUUACGUGGACCGACAAAAUCGCAUCUGCGGCUUUCUGGACAUCGAGGAGAAUGAGAGCAGCGGCCGGUUCCUGCGCCGAUACUUCAUCCUGGACACUCAGCAGGGCAGCCUGCUGUGGUACAUGGACAACCCACAGAAUCUGCCUAAAGGUGCAGAGAACGUGGGAUCUCUCAAACUCACCUACAUCUCCAAGGUCAGUGAUGCCACCAAACUCAGACCAAAGGCAGAGUUCUGCUUUGUUAUAAAUGCGGGAAUGAGGAAGUUUUAUCUGCAGGCCAACGACCAGCAGGAUUUGGUGGAAUGGAUCAGUGUUCUCAACAACGCUACUAAGAUUACUGUGCCGAAGCUGGGCGAGGGCCACACCGCCCACGCAGAGACUCCCCAGGAAGUACUUGGAGCCAUGAAACAGGUCUCCUACAAGACUGAGAUCAUAGGAGGAGUCCCUAUCAUCACCACUACACAGGAGCAGGGGGAGGGGCAGAACGGAGCGGAGCGUGGGGGUUUGAAGCGGGGUCAGAAUCAACUGCCAUACUUCCUGUCCAGAGGAGUGCAGGACCAGGCCAUCAUCAAGGCCGGAUACUGUGUCAAACAGGGAGCUUUGAUGAAGAAUUGGAAGAGGAGAUACUUCAUGCUGGAUGAAAACGCUCUCAGCUACUACAAAUCUGACCUGGAGAGGGAGGCGCUGAGAGUCAUCCCGCUGAAGGAGAUUCACAAAGUUCACGAGUGCAAACAGAGUGAGCUGAUGAUGAGGGACAACCUGUUCGAAAUGGUCACCAGCUCCAGAACCUUCUACAUACAGGCUGACAGUCCAGAGGACAUGCACAGCUGGAUUAAGGCCAUCUCAGGGGCGAUCGUGGCUCAGCGCGGCCCGGGACGCUCAGCUAACACAGAGCGCAGUGACCACUCUUCUCCCUCCCCAACAUCCUCCUCCACCUUCUACUACCCCUUCGAGGAAAUACACCACCCACAAUCCUCCUCCAGCACCGCCCCAUCGGGCCCUCAGCCUCACACUGGAUACGCACCACCAGGACAACUUCCUGGGCCUGCUUCCGUGGAGGCUGAGUGGCGUCCAGUCCGUGAUGAUACCCCUCCCUUCGGCACGGUCCCGCCUGUCGCUGCAGGAGACGGUGCAGUCUUCAAAGUGACGGAGGAGAAUGAGUCACAGUGGAAACGGAGAGGCGAAAUCACCCGGCUGGGCUUUGUUGGUAGCGGUGGUGGGGAGGAGCUGAACAGUCGCGCCACUGAGAAUUCUGACCUAAAGAUGACCUUGAUUUGACGAUGACGAACGUGAUGAUGUCGAUUGACAAUCUCUAAAGGACAUGUGCUGAGACUGUACUUAGAAAACUACCUGACUGGCCAAAUGAUCCUUCUACAAAACUUCCUGGGACCAUGUUUUUCUAUGUGUGUGCACAUGUGGAAUAGGACCUUCUUCCUCUGCUGUUUUUUUCCUUCACUUUUGUCUUCCCGGAUAUUAUUUACAAAGUAUCGCUGCUGGCAAACAAAAACCAUGUUCUCAUGCAAAAAAAAAAAAAAAUCUUAGAUAUUCUACAGUGAAGUGUUGACAUGUUUCCGUAGUGCAAGACCCAUGAACCCUGCUCAUCGCACAAUAAUGGGCGGGUUUCAUGAUUCAUGUAAGAAACAGACAAACCAAAGUUUGCAGUCUUGUGGUUUUUCUACAGCAGCAGCUCAGAUGUUACAGGCUGUUAAAAACUGGAAGUGUCAGUUGUCUGUGACUGACUAAUGCAGCGUCUCGGUUUAUUUUUAAGACAAUCCCGCUUAAUAUUAUAAACUCUUUAAUCCAGAAUUUUGACUGGAGAACUUUUACUGUCUCUUCUCUCUCAUCUCCAGUAGAAAAGAUCAUCCUUUCAAACGUUGUUUUAGCGCUUUAGAGCUCCAAUGUCCAGAUUCACUGAGGUUUCUGGGGAUGUGUGCACAUUGUUUUCAUCUUAUUGACCAAGAAAUUUACUGUUGUUGUCAGAUGAAGUCCUUGAAUCUCUAAAAUGUAAGAAUUAAAAAAAAUAAGGAACAAACUUGUUCAAGACAUCGUGCUCUUUUUGAAGGCAAUUAAUAAAUGUAAAAAAUAUUCAUAAGCCAUGAGGUCAUAGGAUUUUCCAAACCUAAGGGCCUGGUCACACAAGCAUAUAUAACAGUGAAAUUACCUCUGAAUAUACCAAAAUAGGUUAAUUUCAGUGUAAUCGCAAGUGAUCAGUGGAUUCACUUGUGGAGGUGAAGUAAAUCUGCGUGGAGCUUCUGCACAGAGUUAAACUUUUGUGAACUUUGACAGGUGUGACCUUUGUGAGUGGAUGGUACAAAUGUCUUUUGAAUGCACUCUGGAUAUUGCGCAGUCAGUGAUUGUGCUAACUGGUAGGUAGCUUCCUGGUAGCAAGCCAGCUAGCUUAGCGGGCUAUUUUGGCUGCCUAGCGCCAGCAUGUUAAAAGCUAGCGAGUUACCAGUUAGCUUGUCAACUAGCCCCAAAAUUACUUAAUACCUCACCAAGCUUCCAGCACCGCCUAUUUUGCAAGGACAUGCGUAUAAUUUCAUGUUGCCACUUUCUGGUCUGGCCCGUGCACUAAGAUGCAUUUAGUUUGUAAGCUAAACAUUAAACCAUGAGAAUCAGCAAAGUUUAAGUGCUGUUUCACCCAACAGCAGUGUCAUUCAAAUCAAAGUGGUGUCACAAAACAAGCCAUCAACCCUUCAUCACCAAAAGCAAAUUCUGGUAUUAGACAAAGUCCCAUUCAUAAUGAUGAAGACAGAUUUAAUUGUGAAGGGGACUUCACUCAUUAAGGCUACAACUUUCAACCCAAAGACAGUUGGUUUAUUCUUCGUUUUGAUAUCAGGACUGAAAACCUUUUAGGUAGUUGAUGAUAAAAGAUUUACACAGUCUUUAUAUCUCCAGCAGUAAUCUGGAGCAGUGAAUUAUUUAAUAAAAUUUACCAAACAAAGAGAAGACAUGCAAAUUGAGCUAUUAGUGACUUAACAUCUAUAGUCCAACCAUUGCCUUGCCUCAUCUGCAGAUACAGUAACUAUUACAGUAUGUGGGUUUUACAUGCAAGUGAAAACAUUACAAAAUGUCAACGUUUCUGAAUUAUCAACACAAAUUCAAAAAUUUUACUAAAUUCAUAGAAGAUUGUAAAUCUUUCAACUGAAGCAAAAACAUGAAAUUUACCAAAGCAGUGACAUGGUACAUAUGACUUUGAUAAAUUACUUGACAUUGUGCACUUUUUGCUGUGCAAACCACCAGAGAAUCUGAGCUGAGUGCUUACAAUAAAACAUUUAAUGUUUUCUUUAAAUGUUUCUGGUCAAAGUACAAGAUAAGACGACUUAAAGCAGCAUUGAUAAAAUGACUCGCGGCUGCGGACUGAAGCGUUGAGGAGCUGAUUUUCAUUCUGCUCAUCAGCUUUACUCACCUCGCUUCCUGCACUGUACAUUCAUGUCACCGCUCCUUUUGUAACUCCAGCAGAUGUUGAUGUCUUUGUUUGAAUGUUUUUAGUUUAAAGAUGCGGGGAGACAUGAAACCAAACUCAUGUUGUUGAUUUGCUGAUCUGUAAAUGUUGUUUUCGAACUCGGAGCUGCAAGCAGGGUUGGAAAUCUUCUUCCUGUUGGAUACCAGGCUGCGAGCAUUGCACACUGUGCUGGAAACUGGUUGUGGGUGUUUUUUCUGUUCUAAUGUGCUUUUGAUUUUAUUAUUUACAGUUAUGAGAGAGAUGCUUUUGAGGGGAAAAAAACUCCAUUUAUAUGUUGUUUACUUUUAUAAACAUGUGUGCAUGACUGCAUGCACACAACCCCUCCACCACUGUUGUUCCCUGUUAAACAUAAGCUGGGUUAAGUGCCUGCAUUGUUCUUUCUAAAGAGUUGAUGAAAUAUGACAAGUUGUUUUGACCCUUUUUAGUGUGUACUUGAUUCUAAGACCAUGUGCUCUGUUUAUUAAAAGAAAUUUGAAACUAA